CAUGAAAGUGGUACAGUUCAAUCCGGAAGUAGCAGCUUGUUUACAAACACUUAAUUAUAUAAGCCUUUAAAAAGUGUUCUAAUUCAUGAAACUCAAAGAAAAAUUAUAAAAUGACCGAAUGUCAUGUGUCCAUGAACUGUAUUUUUUGUGUAUAAAAGUGUAUUUCAUCUGCUCGUAUCAUAACUCUGGAGAUCUCUUGUGAAUGUUGAAGGUUCAAGCACAUUUUGUAACACGUGAGGUCUUUCAGUUCACUGUAGGUCUACUUUGCCCAAGACAGGUGUCAUAUACCCAGAUGAAUUUUCUGAAGACAAUAGGACAGGGUAUUGCUGGAGUUAUGUUGGAGAAGCCCAAGUAUAAGCUGGCUGAAGAGAAAGCAGAGGGUUAUGAGGAGCGUCAUUAUGAGGCUGCCCGAUGGGUGAGCACAAAUGUACAGAGCAUGUCACGGGAAUCUGCUGGCAGUACGGGAUUUAGGCGACUCUUCAAAUACAUCACUGGAGAAAACAAACCAGGUAUAAAGGUAGACAUGACUGCCCCUGUUGCAACCAGAAUUGUGCCAGGAGCGGGACCAAACUGUGAGAGCUCAUUCACCGUGUCAUUCUACAUCCCGCCAAAACAUCAAGAUUCCCCGCCAGAACCGACCGGUGAAGGCGUGUUUAUUGAGGAGUUUUCCGAGAUGACUGUUUAUGUGUCAAGCUUUGGCGGCUUUGCCAGUGAGGAACAAUGGAUAGAUGAGGCUCGUAUAUUAUCUGAGAAAUUAAAAGACAAAUCGAUUCACCAAGAAUUUUAUUUCACAGCAGGUUAUGAUAGCCCGUUCAAGUUAUUUAAUAGGUGCAAUGAGGUCUGGUUUGUAAAGAAGUGAUGCUGAAUACCAGUUGUUUACUGAGGAUUCUUUCUCACUCUCUUUAAUAUUCAGGGAAAUACAUAUUUCAUAGUAUUCACAUUUGAAAAUUGUUUCGAUGUGUUUUUUCUUCAUAUUAAAAUGGAUUCAAUUAAUGUAGUUUUACAGUGAGAUGAUAAAACCACAAAACAUCCUAUAGAGUUUUUCCUGUUUUUUAAUACCUGUAAUAAAUAAUUAAUUAAUAACCAUGAUAAAUAAAAUGAAUAUUGAAACAAUUUCAAUUGUAUGUAGGCAUUAGGCAGAAUUCAACAUAUUCAUGCAUGUCUCAUUUUUUAGCUCCACUGGCCGAAGGCCAUGGAGCUUAUGUCGUCACAGAUUGUCCGUCGUGAGUGCGUGCGUGCGUGCGUAAACUUUUACUUUAAACGACAUCUCCUCUGAAACUGAUAAGCGGAUUUUGACAACACUUCACAGGAAUGUUCCUUUGGUGGUCCUUUACCAAAAUUGCUCAAAUGGUUCCGGUCCAUUGCACAAUAUGGCCGCCAGAGCUAAAAAUAGCAAAAUCUUUCAACGACAUCUCCUCUGAAACGGUUCGGCAGAUUUUGAUGAAACUUGACAGUAAUGUUCCUUGGGUGGUCCUUUAUUAAAAUUGCUCAAAUGGUUCUGGUCCAUUGCACAAUAUGGCCGCCACAGCUAAAAAUAGCAAAAUCUUUAAACGACAUCUCCUCUGAAACGGAUUGGUAGAUUUUGAUGAAACUUGACAGAAUUGUUCCUUGGGUGGUCCUUAACCAAAAUUGCUCAAAUGGUUCCGGUCCGCUGCACAACAUGGCUGCCAGGGCAAAAAAAUAGAAAAACCUUUAAAGAACAUCUUCUCAGAAACCGAUGAUCAGAUUUUGAUGAAACUUAACAGAAAUGUUCCUUGGAUGGUCCUUUAUCAAAUUUGCUUCAAUGGUUUCGGUCCACUGCACAAGAUGGCCCCCAGAGGUAAAAAUAGAAAAACCUUUAAACGACUUCUCCUCAGAAACCGAUGAUCGUAUUGCAAUGAAACUUGACAGAAAUGUUACUUGGGUAGUCCUUAACCAAAAUAGCCUAAACAGUUCUGGUCUGCUGCACAACAUGGGCACCAGAGCUAAGAAUAGAAAAAAACAUUAAACUACAUCUUCUCAGAAACCGAUUAUCAGAUUUUGAUGAAACUUGACAGAAAUGUUCCUUGGGUGGUCAUUAACCAAAAUUUGUUAAAUGGUUCCAGUCCACUGCACACCAAAAAAAUAAAAAAAACUUUAUACGACUUGUCGUCGAAAGCGAUGACCUUUUUUUCGAUAAAACUUGACAGAAAUGUUUGUUUGGUGCUCCUUUACUCAAAUUGCCCAAAUCAUUUCGGUCCACUGCACAACAUGGCAGCCAGAGCUGUUAAAGUAAAUUUUUUUUUUAAAUAACUUCUCCUCAAAAAUUGACGAUUGUAUUUCUAUGAAACUUGACGAAAAUGUUCGUUAGGUGGUCUUUGCUUGAACCUUUUGGCCAGUGGAGCACAGGCACUGAUGUGCCUCUUAAUUGUAAUAUUUUGAUGAUUUUUUUUGUAUUUAUAUACUCGUCCAAAUAUUUUGUCAAUUUUGUCAAUAAAAAAUAAUAUGUUAUUGCAUGACUAUGUGCUAAUUUAAUGUGUUAUUAAUAUAAUAAAAUUUAAAUGAUA